AUGUUGCUCAAAGGCCCAGAUUCAACACAGGAACAGGUGCGUGUUCCAAAUGUUAUUGCAUUAGCUGGUUUACCAGCUCGUGGCAAAACAUACAUUUCACAUAAAUUAUGCCGAUAUUUAAAUUGGAUUGGAAUUAAAACAAAAGCAUUUAAUGUUGGCGAUUAUCGUCGAAAAGUAUGCAGUACAGAAGAUUGUGAAUCACAAUUUUUUAGUCCGUUUAAUAAAAUUGGCAGUAAAAUGAGAGAUGAAUGUGCAAGAUUAGCAAUGGAAGAUUUGGAUCGUUAUUUAACGAGUAAAGAGGGUGAAGUUGCUGUAUUUGAUGCUACUAAUACAACACGUGAAAGACGUCGUUGGCUAACUAAUUUUUGUCACCGUGAAGAUCGUGAUCCACCAUUUCGAUUGUUUUUUGUCGAAAGUAUAUGUGAUGAUCCGGAUAUUAUCAAUGCUAAUAUUACGGAGGUCAAAGUUAAUUCACCUGAUUACAAAGGUCAUAUGACGGAAGAAGAAGCAAAGGAUGAUUUUUUGAAACGAAUUGAAAAUUAUAAACUGCAGUAUGAGCCAAUUGAUGAUGAAUUAGAUGAUGCAUUAUCAUUUAUCAAAGUUAUCAAUGCUGGUCGAUCAUUUUUUGUGCAUAAUGUAAAUGGACAUGUACAAAGUCGUGUUGUUUACUUUCUGAUGAAUAUUCAUCUACUGCCUCGCUCUAUUUAUCUUACAAGGCAUGGUGAGAGUGAAUAUAAUCGAAUUGGUAGACUUGGCGGUGACAGUCCAUUAAGCGCUAAUGGCAUUGAAUAUGCUAAAAAAUUACGGGAAUAUUUUAAGGCUGAAAAAAUACCGGGUGAUCUUAGAAUUUGGAGUUCACAAAAAAUUCGUGCAGCACAAACGGCUCAACAAUUAAGUGAUUUAGCAGCACAUAUUGAAUUUCUUAAAGUACUUGAUGAAAUUGAUGCGGGUAUUUGUGAGGGUUUAACAUACACCGAUUUUGAAGAGCGUUAUCCAAAACAGUUUGCUGAUCGUGAUAGAGAUAAAUAUCAUUAUCGAUAUCCAUCAGGUGAAAGUUAUGAAGAUUUAGUUGGUCGUUUAGAACCAGUAAUUAUGGAACUUGAACGACAAAGUAAUGUACUUGUUGUAUCACAUCAGGCUAUUUUACGCUGCAUUUUGGCUUAUUUCGAUAAUAAAAAUUACUCGGAGUUACCCUACCUUAAUGUCCCAUUGCAUACUGUUAUCAAACUAACACCAAAAGCCUACAGUUGUCAGGUAGAAAUGUUUAAAUUUAAAAUAGAUGCAGUGAAUACUUAUCGAACGAAGAAAGGUCAACAAGAACCUCUUUGGGAAAUGUCAAACGAAGCAAAACUUUGUCAUUCACCUUGGUAA